AUGGCUGCAUCUACACCAGUAGAAAAGCAGGCCCCCAUCACCGAAACCGCUGACCCAAGGUCGUCACACGGCUCGAAGUCACCACCGCCACAACAUGGCUCACACGAAGACCAUCCGUUCAGCGACCCGGCAACGGCUCAGCGCUGGCGACAAAUAUACAAUGAUGCCGAGUACGAAGGACGCCACCGGUUCGACCCAGCGUAUACAUGGGAACCUGAAGAAGAGAAACGUCUAGUCAAAAAGCUGGACUGGCGAAUAGCUCUCUGGGCAUGGAUCAUGUUCAUCUCGAUGGAGUUGAAUCGCAGGAACAUCAACCGAGCAAUCUCGGACAAUUUGCUGAAAGACCUUGGAAUGAAUACGAACGACUUCAACUAUGGUCAGACUAUCUUUCUCGGUUCAUUCCUCUUUGCCGAACUUCCCAGCGGCCUGAUAAGUAAGAAGCUUGGUGCUGAUCGGUGGAUCCCAACCAUCAUCUGCAUAUGGUCCAUUGUCAGCGCCUCACAAUGCGCAAUGAAGACUAAAGCCCAUUACUUCGCCAUUCGAUGCAUCCUUGGUCUUCUCAUGGGCGGCUUCAUCCCAGACAUCGUCCUAUGGUUGACAUACUUUUACAAAUCCACUGAACUUCCACACCGACUGGCGUGGUUCUGGACUGCGCUGAGUACUUGUAAUAUCGUCGGCUCGCUGCUUGCAGCAGGUAUCUUGCAGAUGCGAGGACUCCAUGGUUGGGGAGGUUGGCAGUAUCUGUUCUUAAUCGAAGGCAUCAUGACUCUAGCCAUCGGCAUCCUCUCAUUUGGCCUCAUGCCCCCUGGCGCCUGCCAAACGCAACACUGGUUCCGCGGCAAAAACGGCUGGUUCACCCCUCACGAAGAGUACAUCCUCGUAAACCGCGUCCUCCGCGACGAUCCCUCAAAAGGCGACAUGAACAACCGCCAAGCAGUUGGCCUCCCGCUCCUCUGGAAAGCAGCGUGCGACUGGGAACAAUGGCCCCUCUACAUCAUCGGCCUGACUGCUUACGUCCCACCUAACCCACCGCAGAACUACCUCUCGUACAUCCUGCGCCAACUCGGCUUCUCCGUCUUCGAAGCCAACUUACUCGCCAUACCCAGCCAGUUUCUCUACGCCAUCCAACUCCUCGCCGUGACCUGGCUAUCCGAGAAGCUCAAAGAACGCUCCAUGAUAUCCAGUCUAUCCAACAUCUGGAUUUUCCCCUGGCUCGUCGCUCUUGUCGUUCUACCUGCGGACGCAAAUCCCUGGGUCAGAUACGCGCUCCUCACAGGUCUACUGUCCUAUCCGUACUGCCACGCCAUCCUUGUAAGCUGGAACGCGAAGAACUCGAAUUCCGUCCGUACACGCGCCGUCUCCGCGGCUUUCUACAACAUGUUUGUGCAGUCUGGCAAUAUCAUCGCUACCAAUAUUUAUCGCGAUGACGAUCAGCCGUUGUAUCGCAGGGGCAAUAGGAUACUGCUGGGUAUCUGUGUGUAUAACGUUUUCUUGUUCUACGCGGUGAAGGCGUUUUACAUUUGGAGGAAUCGCGUAAGAGAUGGGCAAUGGAAAGCUAUGACCAAGGAAGAGCAGGAGGAUUAUGUUUUCAACACGAAGGAUGAGGGGAUGAAGAGGCUGGAUUUCAGCCCUCACUACUUUGGUUUCGGCGGUGGCAGUGGCGGUGGCAGCGGCAGCGGUAACCAACGCACGAUCUUCAAUCCGCCUCAGUUCCCUGCUCCAGCCGCGACAACUAUCAACACUUCGGUCGCUCCGAGUGUGAGGCAGCGUCUCAUCGAACUCCUCCAUCCGUUCCGGGGCGACUUCAUCAACUUCGUCGCUACUGAAGCCACACUUCAUGAAAGGAAGGUCCUCACUCUCGCCGGGAACCUCGCUGCGAUCAUCCACCACAAGGAGGCUCAAUACGGCGAAGAGAUCAAGGCGAAUCAUGUCCACGUCUUGAGUCGCAAUCUUCAAGCCCUCAACGGUCAGGCGUGUAUCAGUAUCAUCGUUCAGGCAGGUGGCGUGGCACAUAAGGUCGUCAGUGUUGAGGUUGAGAACAGAGACACUGCCGUUGAUGCGCUCACCACCAAGGUGGAUCACAUGAUCGGAACUUUGUUCAUGGGAGCUUAG